CAUAUGAGAUCGGGUUAAAAAUGAAAUGAGCUGAGCUGAAAUGAAAGAUGUGUAGUUGUAUUGUAUACUAUAGUAUGUUUAUGCAUAGAUAUACACAACAAACAAUCAAAUUAAUGUAAUGAGAUCAUUCUCGUUUUAUAGGUAAAUUUGUACGUUUUUUUUUUAUCUUAAAGUAUUUGCAGCCAUGUCUUUGAAUUCACUGCGUUCGAAACCAUCGUAUAUGACUGGUAUACAUUACCUUGAGCAUUUGCAAUAUACUGGGAAAGAGCAUGGGGAUAGGCGAAUGAUAAAUCGAAGAUUAGACUUCAGUAAAUGUCUUUACAGCAAAGAUCUAUUUGCCCAUUAUGGUUGCGUUAAUGCUAUCGAGUUUUCCAAUAAUGGCGAAUGGCUCGUCUCCGGUGGAGAUGAUAAAAGGAUCCUUAUUUGGAAUAUUGAUCAAACUUUGACAGGAUCGCUUCCACCUAAAUCUAUGAAAGGAGAGCACAAUAGCAAUAUCUUUUGCUUAGGAUUUAGUACUAAUCAUAGUAAAUUGUUUUCGGCAGGAAACGACGAACAAGUUAUAGCACAUGACGUAUCAACAGGAGAGAUCCUUGACGCUUUCCUUCACGAUGAAGCUGUUUACGGUUUAGCUGUUGAUCCAGUUAAUGAAAAUAUUUUUGCAAGUGCAUGUGAUGAUGGCCGCGUUUUAGUUUGGGAUAUAAGAUUGCCUUCCAAUGAACCUUACACAUUAGCAAGUAGUGCAUCAGCUUAUCAUGCUGUGAUGUACAAUCCUGUGGAACCUCGAUUUUUAGCGACUGCAAAUGCGAAAGAUGGCGUCUGUUUAUGGGAUAUUAGGAAACCAAAGGUACAUUUGAUGAAAUAUGGACCUACAUUAUUGUCUCAAAGUGCAAUGAGUGUGCGUUUUAAUUCUCAAGGAACCCAUUUGCUUGCUCUCAGAAGAAGGUUUCCUCCUGUAUUAUAUGAACUCUCCUCACCUCAACCUGCUGCUGAAUUUGAUCAUCAUGAAUACUAUAAUUCAUGUACUAUGAAAAGCUGUUGCUUUGCUGGUGAAAGAGAUCAAUAUAUUUUAUCUGGUUCAGAUGAUUUCAAAUUAUAUGUUUGGAAAAUACCUGAUGCUGCCAAUUUCAAAAAAGGAGUGUGGGUUAACAAAUCACAUUUAGUUCUGAGAGGCCAUCGAUCCAUUGUGAAUCAAGUGAGGUAUAAUAGCACUUAUGGUAUUCUAGCAUCAUCAGGUGUUGAGAAAAUAGUGAAGCUUUGGAGCUCUUUUCCUCUUACCUUUAAAGAAGACAUUAGUGAAUAUGUUUCUGCCAAAGACGGCUUAAGAAAAGUAUAUUCUCAUGAAGAAUACAUUAAUUUAGUUCUUGAAAAUGGCCAAUUUAUGACUCAUGAUUAUAGUCAUCAUUCUGUGCAAGAAGAUCAACGCAUGAUGGCAUUUUUUGAUUCUUUGGUACAAAGGGAUAUUGAAGGCUGGACUUCAGACUCAAGUGUUGAGGCAAUGAACACAUUAUAUAUUCUGCCAUCAUCAGAUUCCCAAUCAUCAAGUGAUUCUUUAUCUUCUUCUUCUGAUGAUGAUGAUACACAUGGCACUACUAAUCCUUGUGAAGUAUGCACUAAUACGACUAGAUCACCAAAUAAUGUUGAAGAAGCAAAGAAUACAGUUCUUGCUCUUUAUGCAAGAUCUUUAAUUGAUGAAGGAAAAGGCAAUACUUCAAAUAAUGGGGAAGAAGCCCGUGAUCCAUCUUUGGAUAGAAUCUCAAUGCUCAUUGCUCAGAAACGGAGAGAGCAAGUUAAAAAAACUAGUGAAAGAUUACAGAAGCAUUUGAACAAACAGUAUGAAAAACUGAGGAAAAAGAGUCUUCAUCUGUUAAAAAAACGCAAAAAAUAUCCUCUUAUAUCAGGAAAUGAAAAUGCGAGCAAUAAUACUGCAGCAAAUGGUCAUGGCUCUAAGUCGGCAUUAACAACCAAAACUGAUAAAAGAAAGGUUUUGAGAAAGAAACGUGCCAAACUGAGUAAGGACACUCUUCUAAAACAAAAAGGCUCAGAUUCUGAUGAAAAUAGCAAGGAGGUUAAAGGUGAAUGUUCAAAAAAUGUUAAAUCUAAAAGUGAGGAUAAAAAUAAAGCCUCUGUUAAAUCUAAGAGUGAGGAUAAAAAUAAAGCCUCUGUUAAAUCUAAGAGUGAGGAUAAAAAUAAAGCCUCUACUGAAUUCUUACCUGCUAAACAAGAAGUAUCGAAUACUACUUUGAAUAAUUCUGUAAUUUCCGAAACAAACUUACCCAAAAAUGAAGACAAUGUGGAAUUACCUAAUUCUACAAAUAAUAUUAAUGGGACUGAAACAUCUAAUUCAUCUACAAUUUCAAAAAAAAAUUAUCGUCCAACUAAAGAUGGUAAGAAGAAUUAUAGAAAUUAUCGCAAGCGAAGUUUUUAUGAUACAGAUGAGGACUAAGAAUAAAAUUUUGUACUGUUCAAAAAUAUCAGUUACUUUCUGUGAGAUUUUUAUAUAAUCAUAUGCAAGUUUUUUUUCUUCAUUUUUCCCCCCUUAUUCAAUAAUUUGUAAAUAGAUUGGUAAAAUAUGUGUAUUCUUCAUAACUGAUUGAAAUUGAAGAUUUUGAUUUCAAAUAAAUCUAUACAUGAG